UUGACACACAUUUAUGCACCCAACAGGCUGCAGAGUUUGUGAAUGACUGUUUGCAUACUGAAUGAGGAGGAUUUGAAAGCACAUAGCUGAAAGUUUUCUGAUUAAAAUGUAGCUUUUAUUGUCGGAUUUGGGAGUUUUUGUGGAUAAAUCGAAGAGGAGUUUAUUUGUCCAUGUGCCAAGGACGUCAGCAGGUAUUAAAUGAUGAGUCCUGAUUUAAUCUAAAUUCUAAUUAGUCAUUGAACCUUUGUCUUUAACUCUGGCCCAUCCUGCUGCAGGAUCCCCAUCAUGGCUGUGUCAGUGGAGGGGUUAAACGCAGGGACUCUCCGCGCUCUGCUCCUGGCCUGCGUGACCCUCUUUUUCUCCCUCCACCUGUGGCGGUGGCUCCGGCAGCGCUCAGGCCGUCCCCCGCCCGGGCCCUUCGCCUGGCCGGUCAUCGGGAACGCUGCGCAGCUCGGCAAAACGCCGCACUUGUAUUUUACGCGCAUGGCGAAGAAAUAUGGGAACGUGUUCCAGAUUAAACUGGGCUGCAGGACCGUGGUGGUCCUGAACGGGGACUCUAUCAAACAGGCGCUGGUCAAACAGGGACACGAGUUCUCCGGUAGACCAGACUUCACAUCCUUCCAGUACGUCUCUAACGGGGACAGCCUGGCGUUUGGCACCAGCUCGGACUGGUGGAAGACGCACCGCAAAGUGGCGCAGUCCACAGUCCGCAUGUUCUCCACUGGGAACCCGCACACUAAGAAGACCUUUGAGCGCCACGUCCUGGGGGAGGUCAGGGAGCUGCUGCAGCUGUUUGUGGUGAAGACGCACGAGCAGCGCUUCUUCCAGCCCAUGGCGUACCUGGUGGUGUCCACAGCCAACAUCAUGAGCGCGGUGUGCUUUGGGAAGAGGUACUCCUACGAGGACGAGGAGUUUCGGCAGGUGGUGGGCAGGAACGACCAGUUCACUAAGACUGUGGGGGCAGGGAGCAUCGUGGACGUGAUGCCCUGGCUGCAGUACUUCCCAAACCCCAUCAAGACCAUUUUUGAAAACUUCAAGAAGCUCAACAGGGAGUUCGGUACCUUCAUCCGGGAUAAAGUGGUGGAGCACAGAAAAACCAUCGAGUCUAGCAGCAUCCGGGACAUGACGGACGCUUUUAUUGUGGCUCUGGACCAAGUCAGAGACAAAAGAGGACUCUCAUCGGGGAAGGACUACGUACCCCCCACAGUGGGGGACAUCUUUGGAGCAAGUCAAGACACCCUGUCCACUGCGCUUCAGUGGAUCAUCCUCCUCCUGGUCAAGUACCCUGAGGUGCAGGAGCGACUACAGCAGGAGGUGGACCGGGUGGUGGACCGCAGCCGGCUGCCAUCGGUGGAGGACCAGGCGCAGCUGCCAUAUGUUAUGGCCUUCAUCUAUGAGGUGAUGCGCUUCACCAGCUUUGUACCGCUCACCAUCCCCCACUCCACCACCACCAAUACCUCCAUCAUGGGCUACACGAUACCAAAGAACACAGUGGUCUUCAUCAACCAGUGGUCUGUCAACCAUGACCCUGCCAUCUGGUCCAACCCAGAGACAUUUGACCCACAGCGGUUCCUGGACCCGAGCGGUGCACUGAACAAGGAUCUAACCAGCAGCGUGGUCAUCUUCUCUCUGGGGAAGCGGCGCUGCAUCGGCGAGGAUCUCUCCAAGAUGCAGCUGUUCCUCUUCACGGCUCUGAUCGCCCACCAGUGCAACAUCACCACUGAUCCAUCCAGGCCACUGACACUCGACUUUGAGUACGGUCUGACUCUGAAACCUCACCCCAUCUUCAUCGCAGUGUCUAUGAGGGAAGACAUGAAACUGCUGGACGCAGUGGCCCGACAGGCCAAGGACGUCUCAUGAACAAGACAAACUGAUUAGACAAAACUCUGAGGAAAAUAAAUAAAUGAAGGCUGAAACACACAAAGACUUAGAGCUCAUGUUUGUGAGCUCAAACUGAUAUUUAUAAGCUGAAACCUCAGGCUCCACUCUAACACUGAUCACUAAUUUCUUUUAAGUAUUAUAGCACCAGCAGGUAGCAGAUGUGGUGUGAGGAUGCUUUAAUAUCUUUGUUUUGUAUUAAAGAGAGAAGGAGUAAAAGCUAAAUGCUGCAUGCUGCAAUUAAAAAAAAAAAACAACUCAAGUUCCCACAUUUUUUUAUUUUUUUAUUUUUUUUAAGAUUUGUUUUGAGGCCUUUAUUAGAUAGAGGAAAGCAUUGGAUAGACUGAAAACCAGGGACAAGAGUGGGGGAGAAACAUGUAGCAAAGGGCCUCAGGCUGGAUUUGAACCCGGGCUGCCCUUGUACAUGAUGCGCACCUUAACCACUGGACUACCGGUGUUCCCCAGUUCCCACACUUUUUAAAAUAAAUUUUCUCAACCCUUGAACCCUUGCUGCCCACUUUGGGGAUUAUUGACCUUUUGUAUAUCCAAAUAUCUGUCCCGCCCCAGUACAGAUGGCUACCAGAUACCAGAUUCCCAGAGAUAAUCUGUGUAGUGCACAUUUUGUACAAGCGAAGUUUAAAAAGAUUUAAACAUACACAAGCCAAGAUGGGAAGGUUCUAGGUCUACUAAAUACCUCUCCAGUGGAGCCAUGCAGUGUAUGAGCCACUUUCCUGUGUGUGUCAAGCUUAUGAAGUUUGAAAUGCCAUCAUUAGAUGCCUGCCAGUCAAUUCAUGAAGUGUAGAACAGCGUAUUUCAUUUGCUAGUGUUAUGGUCUUAAAUGUGGCUCUGUUUACUAGUGACUUUCCCCUGAGUCAAAAGCCGAAAACAGAUAAAGUUCUCAGGGACGCCUCUUUUUUGCUUUGACAGCUAGCUAGGUAGGAAAUAUUGCUUUCAGUGAGUAGUUCAAGUUUCUCUGCAGGUGAGUGUCCAUGAGCCCGUUUCAGACUGAUCACCUGUGCUGCGAAUCUGCUCUGGCUCCUGUCAGUGCAGUGGUCACACUAGAUGUGAGUUUGCUGCGUGUUGGCUACAUCUCUAUGCAGUCAAAGCCCUGCCAUUCUUCAUACGUUUUACCUCAUUAAACCGUAACAGGUUACAUUAUUCAGUGUAUAGUGGAAGUGUAUGGUCUGUAACUGCGCACGGUAUAAAUAGGCAAGAUCUCAAAUCUCUAAAUUCUCUGCACCUGAGCUGCGUGUAGGCUUUAAAGACCCUGUAAAGUGAAAAUAAAUCUGUAUUUAGGUUUGUUAUAUGACAGGUCACUGUGUUAUGAAUCCCAAGGUCAAAUUUCAGUCAAAUAGAACAUCUCUAAGUUUAUAAAAUUAAUCUCCAAAAUCAUGAAAAAUGAGGCAGUAACAUCUGCUCUAGGAUGGUGGGCAUCUCUGCUGAACGAGCUGGAACCAUGCCCACUCAGCAUCCUCUCAAAUUUAAAAAAUGCUACGAUCUAGAUGGAGAAAAGCACUCACACCAUUAGCCUUGACUUUAUGUUGACCUUCUGAUCAGAGCACAGCUGCCUGGCAAAGAUCACGGGGGGUACAAGGCUUUGUCUGCUCUGAAUUUAGUGAAAUUAGACAAGCAUAUGUUAACUGAGAUCAACCUUUUCAUUGGAGCCCUCUCUACUUAAAAACAGUGAAGCCCCCAGGACUCCACAAAUGCAUUGCUGUCAAAAAUUAGACCCUUCUUUGUUUUCAGUGAUAAAAUCAGGGCAAGAGAUACUUGUUCAUGAAGAAGUUUCUUUUCAUAAACCUUUUAGUAAGUAUGAAGCAUUGAUUUAAUGUGCAGAUCUAAUUCUGACAACCUCAGACCAGACAAGGGCUUGCUUCCUCUGGUUGCUCUUUAUUGGAGUGACACUCUCACAAUAUCAGUGUCAACACUUGGCUUUCUUUGAAAGAUCUAAAUUUGCAACAAAAAAAAACCUAAAGGGAUCUCAAGGAAAAUUUUUGACGUUUGCAUCUUAAUCGUCAGUUCAAAAAUGUUUUUCAUUGACAUUUUCAAGAUUUUCUUGGUGUCUAUUUCAGCGUGUGAAGUUUAGCUUGUUCCUCUUCUCUCUGAUGCAAAAUAAAGACACAACAGUAAUGGGAAAUCUGUUUCACACAGCCAGCAGUUCAGCUGGGACCUUUUGGACUCUCAGCAUCUCUGAGACUGAAGGUGCAGCUCUGCAGCUGGCUGCACAUCCCUGCAGAUCAGCUGCACUCCUUCGUAUGUUUAACACUAUGAUUACAGCUGCUCCUACAGUCCCUGGUGACUUUAGUGUAGAUGUUAUGGCUAUAACAGAUAAUCAGUAGACACCAUAGUGAUACUAUUGAAUUGGAGUGUCAUGCUUUUGGACAGAUAAAUUAAAUGUGUAUCUCCUUUGAUUUGGCCAAAACUUUUAGAUUGUAUUGUGUAUUUGUGUAUAACCCUCCCUAAUAUGAAUCCUAUUCAAACACAUGAGAUGUUAUUUGUUAAAGUGGAGUCAUUAUGUGUUUGCAGUGACUCUGCAUGAACCGGCCAAUAAGCUAACAGAGUGCAUCAGCCCCUGGUGUUUAUUACUAAUGUGUAGUUUGUGAUAUUUAGUUACUCAGGAAUAAAAUGCCAAAUACUCCUUUAUUUAGCGUGCUUUUAAACAAUAAUCUGAAAGCUCCUGUAGACGCUGUUUGAAAGGACAUGUUGCCUGUCUGUGAACUGCUGUCCACGUGUUUGAUCAGUGUUACUCACUUGUUUAUUUCUCUGUUUAAAUGCUGCUCACUUUAACCUCCAUGCCAGUAACCCAGUGAUUUCUUCUCCAUGUUUAUUUUAUUUACAUUCAUGUUCAUGCUGUUGUUUGUGUCUGAUUAUCUGUCUCAGCAUGAGAGACUGAUGCACUGACUGUGAAGUUUUGGAUUUGACUGUUUGUUGGCUUCCUGGUAAAGCACAUUGAAAGAAAAUGAUUCAGGUGAAUCUGUGAAAUAAGAGGUCAAUAUGGCACGAAGUGAUGUGUCCAAGCAGACACAUUACUGCAUCAGUUUAAAGCCUAAUUUAUACCUCUGUGUCGAAUCAAUACCAUACCAAACAACAUUCACUUAGUCCUGAUGUAGCCUGAUGUGUACGUCCUCAAAAAUAUAACUACAGGUUAAACCAACGCAGAUUGUGACCGGUCUUCUGGGCAAGGCUACCCUUUAGGGGGGACAAAAGGAAACCUCAUUUUGCCCCGUCACUCGGGUUGGCUGUCAUGAAAAUGAUAGAAUAUUCCUCCAAUUACCUUCCGAGAAUUUUUUCAGAAGUCCUGCCCUUCCCAAACGCUUUCUGUGGGAGCUUUCCCAGUUGAAUGUGAAAUAUAUCCAUGCAGUAGAUAUAUAAACAG